CCCACCCCGCCUGCGCCCUCCCCACGCGGGCACUCGGUGACAUUGAGCGCCAGCGCCGCGGCCGCGGUGGGGUGCUGUGCGUCGGCGGAUCAGGCGGUCAUGUGGAGCCUCCGCGGCCUGCGCCUGGCGGCUGGACAUUGUUUUAGGUUAUGUGAAAGAAAUGUUUCCUCGCCACUAAGGUUAACCAGGAACACUGACUUGAAGAGGAUCAAUGGAUUCUGCACCAAGCCACAAGAAAGUCCCAAAGCUCCAACCCAGUCUUACAGACACAGGGUGCCGCUUCACAAGCCCACAGACUUCGAGAAGAAGAUCCUGCUGUGGUCAGGCCGCUUCAAGAAGGAGGAAGAGAUCCCAGAGACAAUCUCGUUUGAGAUGCUUGACGCUGCAAAGAACAAGAUCCGGGUGAAGGUCAGCUAUUUAAUGAUUGCCCUAACAGUGGCAGGAUGCGUCUAUAUGGUUAUUGAGGGCAAGAAGGUGAGAGUGGGCUCCUCUGUCUCUCCACGCCCUCCCCAAAGAUGGGGAAAAGUGGUGAUUGGCAUGUCCAUUUGCUCUGAGAACGGGAAUACCUCAUAGUAAUUUAUUGGCUCCAAGAAUACUUUGUCUUAAUUUACUGACUGGAUGCUUACUGCACUCUAGGCUCUUCUGAGUGGUGUCCUCUGCACCUACAGCCUUGCUAGAGAGAUGCUACCACAGGAGGAGGAAACGGCAGCCUAGGAGGCUUUAGCAGCAGAGAGAGCGAGCUCAGCAGGCAGAGGCCUGAUGACAUAAGUUCAGUCCCUUCAUCCCAGUAGGCAGUAGGAGAGCCCUAACUCCUAAGACUCAUCCUGGACUCUCCACAUGCUCCAUAGCUCAUGUGUGUCCACAUGCGCAUCCAUAGCUCAUGUGUGUCCACAUGCACUCCAUAGCUCAUGUGUGUCCACAUGCACUCCAUAGCUCAUGUGUGGCCACAUGCUCAUCCAUAGCUCAUGUGUGGCCACAUGCUCAUCCAUAGCUCAUGUGUGUCCACAUGCACUCCAUAGCUCAUGUGUGUCCACAUGCACUCCAUAGCUCAUGUGUGUCCACAUGCACUCCAUAGCUCAUGUGUGUCCACAUGCACUCCAUAGCUCAUGUGUGUCCACAUGCACUCCAUAGCUCAUGUGUGUCUGUGCCUGCACACACGCAGUAAAUAACUUUUUAAAGUAGUCUUGGCACUUUGCCCACAGUCAUGCAUCUCCCUAAUGACAGAAUUUGAACCUAGACAUAACUGAGGUGAGAGUGAAAUUCCUCCUCGGUACAUAAUGUGUUCUACAGCACAACUGUUAAGCUCCCUUACUGGAUGUGAGAACCUGAGAGAGAAGCUUUCUCAUCGACAGGCUUUACAAUGAAAGCCCUGAAGCUUACACACACACCGUACACCUUCCAAAACUCAUAGUAAGUAAAAAGACAAAAACUUAAAAAGAAAAAAUUGAAAUGUCCUAUUAAACCGUCUUGUUAUUAAGAUAUGGUUGCUUUGGAGGCUGGAGAGAUGGCUCAGUGGUCAGGCCCUCUUACCGCCUUUGCAGAGCAUACCUGGGUUCAGUUCCCAGCACCCACGUGGCAGUUCACAACUAUCUGUAACUCCAGUUCCUGGGAACCUUUUUAAAGAAGGGCUUGUCAACUGAUCUUCUCCUGAGCAACUCCAGAGUGAGAAGGAAGUGAGCUGGUGACUCUGCACGCCCUGCAGUCACAUAAAAGCCAUUUCAGUCUGGCCUCCGAGGAGCACAAAGGGUCAAGGGUGCUGACCUGGGUGAAGUCCUCUUGAAAAUGAGCCUGUCCCACUUCACUUUUCCCAUCUCCCCACUUGACCUCUGACCUCCCAUUCAUGGUUCUCAGACUAAAACCUUUAGAAGCCUGUGCACAGGCACAUGGGUUUCUAGAACUCCGAGAAAUGGCUGGCUGACGUUAAAGAUCUUCAGAAGCAAACUACCCCAGGACGUCCUCCAGCACCUUCCAAGGGUGUGUGCUGGAAUGAAAAGCCUUUGAGCUAAGAUCACUUAGAAGAGAUAAGUUAGUUACCAGCUUGCUUCAUCCUUACCAUUGACAGUUGUUUCCCGUCAGUCUCCUCCCCCCACCAAAUUCUUCCCAGCUUCUGAGGCUGCUAGAUCCAUGUACUUGACAUAAACACUGAUCUGACCACAUUAGCUCCACACAAGUUUUAACAGUUCCCAUUGAGGAAGCCAAGGAAAUGGAGGCUGCUCCCCUGCUGCCAGCUGCUUUGAAAGGGUGAAGUUCAGGGAUGAUUCUAGAAGUCAUAAGGGGUAAUAUUUGGGGAAAGCCUGGGAUUCCCGAAACUGUUUUAUUAAAAGAAAAAAGGGCUAGAAAGGGAGGGAGGGAAGUGUAUGCACAGAUUAGGGAAGCAAAGAGGGGAAGAGAGAAAUGAAGAUGAAGUGGUACAUCGGGAAAGGAGGGAAGGACGUGAGGAAGACUCAGGAUUGGAGAGAGUGCGUACGGGCAGGAGGGGGAGCUGUGUGCUUCUUGGAUGGGCUGUUGGGUUCCCAAGUCAGAAGGGAGUGGAAAGUGUGUAGAGGGCAUGACUGUCCAGUGUCCAGGCAGCUGACCACCUGGCCUGUGCUGCAGUUAACCCACUGUUCUCAGAAUGAGGGGAGAACAGCCUUCCAAGCCUGCUGUCAUCUCUUCAAAUGUCUUUCCUUUUAGGCUGCAAAAAGACAUGAGUCUUUAACAAGCUUGAACCUAGAAAGGAAAGCCCGUCUGAGAGAGGAGGCAGCUAUGAAGGCCAAAGCGGACUAGACGUAUUUGUGCUGGAUUUGGAAAAGCCAGGAGUACGGUUGCAACAAGAAGCCUGCUUUAGAAAGGAUAAGGGCUGGGGAUUUAGCUCAGUGGUAGAGCGCUUACCUAGGAAGCGCAAGGCCCUGGGUUCGGUCCCCAGCUCCGAAAAAAAGAACCAAAAAAAAAAAAAAAAAAAAAAAAAAAGGAUGUGAUCUGAGACCCACUUUGCAGACAUGUGCACAGAUGUGUUCCACUUCCCUAUUUCUGCUGUAGAGAAACAAGUAAAUUUUCUUAGAGAAUGA